CAGUAUCAUGUGUCUACAUCACAUUCUCGGUCUUACAUGAGCAUCAAUCGAGUUUACUAACCGAAAAUGCAUUGUGCGUCUCAAUAAAAUAACCAAGUGUAUUUUCAUUUUAUUAUUGCUUGUUUAAAUUGAUUACAAUAAGUUUUGAAAAAAACUCAUUUCUAAAGCAUGCUUCACAGCUUGUAGUUCAUUUAGUUGUCAAAAUUUAGUGUAUUACCUAAUGUAAACAUGGUUUUUCGUGAAAUUGAAUUGUAAUAAUAUUCAUAUAUUUUUGUUCAACAGGACAAUGAAAAAGAAAAUAUUAUCUAGUAAUAUAUCAUGCCUAACAGAUUUAGUAUUGGGUCCUAGAAAUUUUUGCAAUUUCUGGUCCGCUGAACCUACAGGUCUAUUUCACAUUUCAUUGCAUAUUUUAAUGAUUUUUGUCGUUAAAAUGGUAUUUUAUAUUGUAUGUUGACUGUUAAGUACUUGCUCCUUAUACGAGCGAUAAUUAAACGCUCGUCGCCGUUCGGACGAUCUGGAAAGAUGCGUGCUGCUUCCACGAGAUCUAAGUCGCUCGACGACCUUGAUCAUCUCGCUAUGGACUCAUACACCGAUACAAAGUUGAUCCAAAUGAUAUCCCAGUGGAACAACAAGCGGGAUCAACACUCCCUCUUAUGGAGAUACCAGGCCGAGAUAUCGAAGGAGAUGAGGACUUUAAUCCGUUUGAACACCGAAAACUGGCUCACCCUACAUCGGACAUGGAUACGUUAAUUCAUUUGCUAAAAGGAUCAUUAGGCAGCGGAAUAUUAGCUAUGCCUAUGGCGUUCAUGAAUGCAGGGCUUUACUUUGGAUUGGUGUCAACUUUCCUCAUCGGUGGUAUUUGCACAUAUUGUGUUCAUAUCCUUGUUAAAACAUCUCAUGAGCUCUGUAAGAGAAUGCAAAAACCAUCCCUUGGUUUUGCUGAAACAGCGGAAGCUGCCUUCCUUUCUGGACCUCCAGCUGCACAUAAAUUCUCACGACUUGCCAAAGCUAUGAUAAACUGGUUUCUGGUGAUUGAUUUACUGGGAUGCUGUUGCGUGUAUAUCGUGUUCGUGUCAAAAAACAUAAAGCAAGUUGUAGACAACUACACGGUUGAUAGUGAAUGGGCACCUCACGAUGUAGAUGUCAGAAUUUAUAUGGCAGUUCUUCUUCCUCUUUUGAUUUCAAUGAAUCUCAUUAGAAAUCUGAAGUACUUGGCUCCAUUUUCAAUGAUUGCGAAUCUUUUGGUGGGAACUGGAAUGGUUAUCACAUUCUACUAUCUCUUCCAAGAUAUUCCUGCUAUUAGCGAAAGAAAGCAGUUUGCGGGUGUCGCCCGUCUACCAACGUUCUUCGGUACGGCUAUAUUCGCUUUGGAAGGAAUCGGUGUUGUUAUGCCUCUUGAAAAUAACAUGAAGACACCAACUCAUUUCAUCGGGUGUCCUGGAGUGCUUAACACCGGAAUGUUCUUUGUUGUAUCACUCUACGCUUUAGUUGGAUUCUUCGGAUAUUUGAAAUACGGAGAUGAAACUUAUGGAAGUAUUACACUGAACUUGCCGCAAGAUGAAGUAUUGGGCCAAUGUGUCAAGUUGAUGAUCGCUGUAGCCAUUUUCUUCACCUAUAGUCUUCAGUUCUACGUGCCAAUGGAAAUAAUCUGGAAAAAUAUACGCCACAGAUUUGGAGCUAAGAAAAACCUCGCAGAAUAUACUAUUAGAAUUACACUUAUAAUAAUAACACUCGGUAUUGCUAUCGCUAUACCUAAUCUUGGGCCUUUCAUCUCUCUUGUUGGUGCUGUCUGUCUCUCCUUCUUGGGUCUAAUAUUCCCUGCUGUCAUUGAAACCGUUACUUAUUGGGACCGGCCAAACGGUCUUGGCCGUUUCAAUUGGGUUCUAUUGAAAAAUAUGUUCUUGGUAUCAUUCGGAAUACUGGGAUUCCUUACCGGUGCCUAUGUUAGCAUUUUAGACAUAAUCAAAGGAGAAGAGUAAGACGUCAACGACAAGACCAUAAAAUAUAAGGCUCAAAAGAAUUGUUAAGGGUUACUAUCUUAUAAUUUAAUUUUACUUCAAUUUAAAGAAAUGUGUGUUAGAUACCCGUUGAGUUUUGAUAAACGAUUAUUACUUGACUUGAUUUUGUCUAGAAGGCUGUUUUUCUAAAGUUUUGUAGCCCGAAUCUCUGUAGCCAUUUAUAUAGUUUAAGUGCUCUGUAGGUAGGAUCAUUAUAUAUAACUUAAUGAAAUGUGUGAGAAUUUUUCUAGUGCAUUAAUGAAAUGUGAUAAAUCAUUAGUUUAGGUAAAGCAUAAAUUACAUUACGUAAUAUUCUAAAAUUAUUUUAUUCGUUUAGAAAGCGUUGACAAUAUGCUGAGAAUACCUACUGUAUUUUAAUGUUUUUUUAUAAUACAUCAAUAAUGUAUAAUUUCUGGAAUGUAUUUAAAAGUUGACUGUGAUGGUUGAUAAAUAGUUAAUAGAUUUUUUAAACAAACAUUUAAAGUUAAAGUGUCAAAUCAGUUAUACAUACUAUUAAAAAAAUGUAUGGGUCGUAAAUGCAUUGAGUUGUCAAGGAUAAUGUAGUACAUAUUAUCUCAAGAUCUGUUUAAAAGUCAACAACAUACAAAUAUAUUAUCUGAAAUGAAAACUUACGUUGAACGUUAAAAGAAAAAUAUGAGUCAAAACCUCAUGCAUUAUUAUCCACUACAUUUUAUUUCUACAACAAAGUGAUUAUUAUCAAACGUAACAAAAAUACUUCGAAUACAGCUACCGUAAGGCAAUUAAAAUAAAUGACUGAGUUUUACAUUAGUGCCUUUAAGAAUAAUUAUGAUUGUUAAAGAGCACCAUUUUGGAAUAUUCCAAGUAAUAUAAUGGAAUAUCGCGUCGUUAUUAUCCUAUGUUAUUCUAGUUUGGUAGAAAUUUUUGAUUGAAAUUUUAGUUUUAUUACUGACUAAGUAUUAUUUUCAUGAAUUACAUAUUCAACUAUUCAAAUUUUUACAUUAAUGACAUGGUCCUUAACAUUUUAUUAAGAAAUAUUAAGUCAUUGUGAGAUGUUAGUAGGUAUUCUUAAUAAUAAUUGAUUGUACCUAUACAAAAAUCAAAUUUUCUGUGUUUCUCAGCCCAUAUUGGAUGUUUUCUUUCAAAAUACAUACCAGCAUAUAUUUUUGAAACAUAAUUGUAACAAUAACGUAUUUAACUAUCCGUAAUGACUUUAGUCAAAUUGUGUAAUGCAUUUUUAUCUCCAAUAUACAAGAGCUCAAACACAAUUUUCUCAAAAAUAGUAUCUGAUUAUAUUAGUGUUAUUAAAAUAUCAUGAAAAUUCGCUAUUUUCGUAAAACUUUAAUAUAAUUAUUUUGUAACAAAUGUCUCAUAGGUUUUCUUAAUGAAAGAAAAUCAUUCCUAUUUUCAUAGAUAUAGAUACUAUAUUAUAAUAAAAGUAUUAGACAUUCACUAUAUGAAAUACAGCUUUUAACGAAUAGUUAACGUAAGACGUGUGUCUAUACAACGCAUCGUUAUAAACUUUAUUUCAUAUACAUUUUACUAUUAAGUAAAAUUCAAUAUACCAUUCCGCUUACUUAAUGAAGGAGUGGAUUCUGUUUUGUUACAGUAUUAAAUAAAUAAGUUUAAGGGUAA